AUGGAGAGGUACCGCGUCCUGGAGGCCGUCGGGGAAGGCUCCUUCGGCAGGGUGUACAAGGGGAGGCGGCGGCACAGCGCCCAGGUGGUGGCCCUCAAGUUCAUCCCCAAGGUGGGGCGCUCCGAGAAGGAGCUGAAGAACCUGCAGCGGGAGAUCGAGAUCAUGAGAGGCCUUCGGCACCCCAACAUCAUCCAGAUGCUCGACAGCUUCGAGACCGACAAAGAGGUGGUGGUGGUGACUGACUACGCAGAGGGGGAGCUCUUCCAGAUCCUGGAGGACGACGGGAGUUUGCCCGAGGACCAGGUCCAGGCCAUAGCUGCCCAGCUGGUCUCUGCUCUCUACUACCUGCACUCCCACCGCAUCCUGCACCGCGACAUGAAACCCCAGAACAUUCUGCUGGGCAAAGACGGCAUCAUCAAGCUCUGUGACUUUGGGUUUGCCCGUGCCAUGAGUAUCCACACCAUGGUGCUGACCUCCAUCAAGGGCACCCCGCUGUACAUGUCCCCUGAGCUGGUGGAGGAGAAGCCGUAUGACCACACGGCGGACCUCUGGUCUGUGGGCUGCAUCCUGUACGAGCUGUUCGUGGGCACCCCUCCCUUCUACACCAGCAGCAUCUUCCAGCUCGUCAGCCUCAUUGUCAAGGACCCUGUCAAAUGGCCCGAGGCCAUAAGCCCAGUUUUCAAGAGCUUCCUGCAGGGGCUGCUGAUGAAGGACCCCCGCCAGCGCCUGUCGUGGCCGGAGCUGCUCUCCCACCCCUUCAUUGCUGGCCGGGUUACUGUAAUUGACGACACAGAAGAGCACGGGAUCUCAAACCCCUUCACCACCAAGCUGUCUCCAGAGCUGCAGGCCCUGAAGGAGCAGCAAGCUCAUUCCCUGGCCCCCAGGAGCGGCCAGUCCAGGAUCCUGAGAAAGGCCCGGCAGAAGAUGGCUGAGGAGGCACAGCAAAAGGGGCAGCUGAAGGCAAAUACUGCAUGUGCGAAGGAUUCUGCCAAAGGACACACUGGGCAUAAACCCAGAGCAGCUCCUGGGAAGGCAGCCCUAGGGGAGGGGGAGCCACCAGCCGCCUCCAAAGAGAAGAACUCGGGUGUCCUGCAAGGAAAGAGCAGCGUGGCACAGUGGCAGCUGGAGGAGCCUCCUCCCAACCCGUGGGAGCACAUCAUCACUCAAGAUUACGAGCAGGAGUUUGGCAGAGCAGGAGUCCCUCUGCACUCUGGUGCUGGCAGGGCAGAGCCCCACGGCAGGCGCAGCAUUGAGGCCGUGGACCUGGAGAGCGAGGCUUUUCUCCUCUGUGGUCAGGAGCUGGAGAGCGAUGAGGAGUGGCAACACCUGAUCGAGGCCACAGAGCCCUCGGCCAUGCAGCUGAGCACACCACUGAGUCUCCUGAGGGACCCAGCCUUCUGGCACCGCGUCCGGGCCCGCCUUGCAGACUCUGUUCAGCAGGUGCUCGAAGGGAUGCUAGAGGGAGCCUCCCACCUCCGCCCUGUGCUCCGCGUUGUGGGCAACCUCCUGGCUACCCGCUGCGACUCUGAGCUGCUGGAGCAGUUCUGCCGGGAGCUGAACGUGCCGCUGUCCCUGUUGCAGCUGACCAAGCAGAUCCUGGAAAGUGGACGCACAAAGCAGCAGCCCUGGUGUAUCACAGUGCUGACAGACCUCGUCACGGUGACCACAGUUUAUUUCAGCAGUCAAUGCGGCCUGGAGGAGAGUGGGCAGAAGGACAGCCUCCAGGCCUUCCAGGAGAGUGCCAACCACUUCCUAGCCCUGCUGCUGGAUCUGCUGGCUGAGCCAGCCGACAGUGAGAUGAGACUCUGCCAGCAAAGCCUCCUGUGCUUCACCCUGCUCUGUGAGAGCCUGGACGCGAUGUGCCCCUCUGUUUCUGCUCCUUUCUACGCCAGCCUGCGAGAGGAGCGUCAGCCCCUGCUGGACAGACUUCUCCAGGGAUCCAUCUCAGAGCAUCACGCUUUGCAAGGAGCGGCGAUGGAGGCCAAGUCCGCCCGUGACCAGAGCCAACGUGUGGCAGACCUUUAUGCAGCCGCGUUGGCUGCUGCCUGCAGCGUCCCCCUGGCGAGGAACAGCAGCCGGGAAGCCAAGAAGCAGGUUGCUCGGAGGGUAGCUGAGAAGCUUAUGGAGGGAGAGAACCAGCAGCUCGGGAGACUGCUGGGAAGGCUGGAGCACCCAGGCUGCUCCUUGAACGUCCUCAAGAUCCUCUACGCCGCCUGCCAUGCCAGCCCGAGCCUGUGCCAGCACCUGGGGAGGAGCCAGCAAGUGUGGGGUUCCCUCGUGCAGCUCUCGAAGGGCAAGGUCCCCAUGGCAGAGGUCGCCCGGGGGGUGGCCUGUGAGGCUUCCCUGUACCUGCUGGCCCUGCUCACCCGGCAGCCCCAGGCCUCCCCUCCCAGGCUUGAGGAGGUGGUUUCCCUGGCCGUGGAUCUCCUCAGCCAGUCUCCUGUCGCGUCCCGUGUGGGUGCUGCAGCGUUCCUCCUGAUGCAGCUCAGCCAGCGCGGCGUGGACGCGGUGCUUAGGGGUGAAGAGGUCCUACCAGCCGUGACAAAUGCCCUGACGGCGCCUGCCGAGCUGCAGCUCCCCCCGCCAAUGGGUGCCGGUCUCUACGAUGGGCUCAUUUUCCUCCUGCUGAAGCUGCUCGCCCAGGAGGAUACGGCCGUGGAGCAGGGCUUUGCUGCCUCAGAGCUGUGGAGCGUGGUGUGGCACAGCGUGGCUGCGGUGCUUCGCGUGGGCAGCGCCGGGGCAGCGCCGGAGGGAGAUGCUCCGGGGGCAGAUCACCCCAUGGCAGAGCCAGACUGGAACCUCCUCUCCCCUCAAGGCACACUGCUCUUCCUCAGCCUGGCCCUCUUCGUCUUCACUCGCGAGUCCCACCGGUGCGUGCCUCAGCUUACCCGGUCCCACGGUGUCCUCAUGGUGACGCUGAGGAGGCUGCUGUCCCCUGGCUUCCUGGCAUGCCUGGCACAGACGCAAGCAGGAGAGGAUGGGGACACGGAACUCGUCCCAGCCGUGGUGAUCCAGGCCUGCCAGCUGCUCUGUUUCCCUUUUGCCCUGGAUGUGGAUGGAGACACCUUAGCCUUGGUCACGGAAGCAGUGAGAGACUCCCAGCUCCCCGCCCAGCUGCUGCAGGUCUGCUGUCACCAUCUGCCGCUCUCAGACGCUGAGCUCCCCGUCAGCCUCUUGUGCCACCUCGUUGUGUCCGACGAGCAGGUCAUAGCUCAGAUAGUACGGGUGGCUGCUGCCUCGGAGCACAUCCUUGCCUUCUUGACGGCCGUCCUGUUCUCAGACAGCCUCCCGCUCAUAACCGACCUCCUGGCUCUCUUGACUCACGUGGCCCGGGUCUCCCCAGAGCACCUGCCCUUUCUCCAGAGGAUCCUGGGGGGCUCGGACACGUCCCAGCAGCCGCUGACCCGCUUGCUUGGCCACCGAGAACACCCGAUACGUGCCAAGACCUGCAGCCUGCUGGGCAACCUGCUCCGACACGGCCACGGCUUCCCUCAGGCGCUGCAGAGCCAGCCGGGCUUGCUGGAGGGCCUGCUGGCGUGCCUGGCAGACCGGGACGAGCACGUGCGCAGGGCAGCCAGCUUCGCGGUGGGCAAUGCCGCGUACCACCCGUCCUCCCCAGCCCGCGUCCUGCGCAGGGCCGUGCCCGGGCUGACGCGGCUGCUGCGUGACCCGCACGCCAAGACGCGCCGCCACGCCGCCUCGGCCCUGGGCAACCUGUGCCGGCGCUGGGCAGAGCUGGGGGACCUGCUGGUGGAGAGCGAGACCCCCCGCGUCCUGCUGGACGUGGCCUGCUGGGACCCCCAGGCCAGCGUGCGGGAGGGAGCCCUGGUGGCGCUGCGGGCUGGCAGCCAGCACCCAGGGGUACAGCAGGUGCUGCUGUCCCUGGGGGCCGGUGAGAAGCUGGCUGCGCUGGCCGGCAGCGACUCGGCUGGUGGCAGCCCCUGUCCUUCUUCUGCACGGCACCGCCAGAAGCUCGUCCGCCUCCUGGCACCCUUGCACGGCACCUGAGGGCGCGGUGGCACCCCGGAGGUC